AUGGCCCGAACUCGUGACGCAGGAUCAGAAUGGCCGCUGUCAGGUCGGCGCCACGGGAGCAGAUGCUCCGUGACGACCACGGCAUCGGCGACGAGAAGGGCCCUCCUUGGCUCCCCCACGUUCCUCCCCAAGGAGAUUGCGCAGGGCGUUGAGGAGGGAAUCACAGAUGUUGUCGUCGUCGAAGGGGACUCCAAUGCGGCGCGCGCGGUAGUACACCAUGAAGACGAGGCGCAGAACGAGCGCCGCAGAAGAUAUAUACAUGCCCACGAUGGGGCAGUUCCUGUGAACGUGGGAGAGCCCCGCUCCCACGUCCUGUCUGUACGACGCCUUUCAGUGGUCACGGUUUGCUACAAUUGCCUCAGAAGGAAGCCCGGGGAAGGGAGCGCUUCAAGCGGGGUUUACUACUUCUGCAGCGACGCUUGCAGGGACAACGCCAAGGGUUUCCAUGACAUCGACAAGAACGUAGAUUGGUCUUUAUUCGAUUACCACUGCAGUUCACGUGGUCUGAAGUACCCAUACAUGGCCAAGCGCCUUGCUUGCAUGGUUAUAUCAGGAGCUGCUAAUGCAGAUUGUCUUAACAUACUUCAGCCAGCUCGGUUGCACCAGGGGACAUUGAUUGAGAUGGAGGAGGAAUUUGAGUUGUUGGGGUCCACUUUUAGAAAAGCUGGGUUUCAGGAAGAAGUCACAAACUUUUUGACCAUAGAUUGGUACAUCAAUGUAUUGGCAAGAAUACGCAUAAAUGCAUUUCGUAUUGAAUUGGUUGCAAGCUCAUAUGAGGAUCUCUUAUCCUCAGCGGCAGCCUCCGUAUCAUGUGAUUCAUCAGUUGGCAAUGCGGUUUAUAUGCUCCCCUCUUUCUACAACCAUGACUGCGAUCCAAGUGCUCACAUAGUUUGGCUGGAUAAUGCGGAUGCGAAAUUGAAGGCCCUCCGUGACAUUGAAGAAGGCGAGGAGCUGCGCAUCUGCUACAUCGAUACUAGCCUAGACGCCGACACUAGACAGAAGAUUCUUGCUGAUGGAUUUGGCUUCAAGUGCCAUUGCCUUCGGUGCUUGUCUGGAGACUAG